AUGACACAGCCUGGUGUGGGCAAGUGGACCCGCGACGAGCACCUGCGUUACCUCCAGGCGAUCAAGAUGUACCCGCAAGGUCCGUGGCAGGUCGUCGCCAACUAUGUCGGCACGCGGUCCGCACGACAGACCCAGACACACGCGCAAAAGUACCGGGAGAAGGUGUCGAGGCGGAAGCGCGGUCUCCUUCGGAAGCGAGCCAUGUCGGACGAGUGGCUGGAAAACCAUUCUUCAGGAGACGACAAGGCGCCGACCGCUGCCAUCUUUACCGGCGGCAAGUACCACCCGGCGCUGACGUCGCUGCCAGCGCUGAGUGCGUUGUCCGAUCCAAUGCCGCCGCCGACACAACACGUCAAAACAUAUUACGAAUCGUUUCCAGUGACAAGGCUGCCGGCGCUCGAACCACUGCAUCCGCCAGGUGGGUACGCAAUGGACAAGUCGUUUCCAUCGAACGGGAGCUUUCAAUCGUCGCUGACGUAUUCGCCAAACCACCAUCCGCACCAGCAACUACAGCACCACCAACAACUACAGCACCAACAACAGCACCAGCCCUAUCACCACCAUCACCAGGCCCCGCCGCAGCACCAGCCGUACCAUCCCCCUUCGUACCACCAAUCUUCGUUCCGGUCAGAGUUCAAGCACGAGUACAUGCCCCACCACCAGAACAGCCACCACUCGCCGUCGAACGGUCCCGGCUCGUUUGCCGCAGUACCGACGUCGAAUCCACCCGACUACCCUGGCCAGUCCGCAUUAACAGGGAACUACCGAGGCGCGCCUCCGCCACUGGACGAUCUCAUGCAACUCCUUGUCGAUGGCGAGUUCAUGACGCCGCACCACCGAAACACGACCAUUUGA